AUGUCAGCUGUGACCAGCCAGCCUCUUCCUCUUGGUGGACUGGAACGAGAAAAGCACAUUCAGAUGAUCUUCAGGGCUUUCCAGAACCGCUGCGAGUGCCAGACUCACUCACCUGGACCCAAACCCCGCAGAACGGCCCCUGACUGGGAUUCUGAUGAGCAGCUUUCAGUCGGGGCCCCUGAGAGGAAGAUGGAGAACGGCUCCACGCAGCCACCUGAGGGAAUGAACAGGCUCGGGAUUGAGGAGCGGAGCCUCGGUGGUGCGGCAGGAUCGGACUUCAUGUCUGUGCUGGAAACUGUCAGUCAGAUUCAUAUCAGUGCUCGGCCUGAGUUACAAGGUCCACAGUGUGUUCCCCGGAGGAUCUACAGCAUCACCACACAUGGCAGCAGGUCACAGUUAUUUGUGGCUGUGGAAGAGAGCUCUUGUUUAUGUCUCCAGUGUUGUGGUCCAGCUCGGGCCUGUACACUGAAGGGCUUCGACUGUGAGGGCUGCCAGCUCUUUUAUUUUGAAAGGCCAUUCAGGGCAGACGCCUGCUGCCUCGGCUGCUGCCUGAUGGAGAUGAAGGUCUACACGCCUCAAAAACAUCUUAUUGGCACCGUCUGCCAGAGGUGGAGCAUGUUCACCCCUCUCCUGGAGGUGUGCGAUUCAGAGGGAGAGUCCACCAUCAGGAUCCAGGGCACCUGCUGCCCGAGUCGCUGUUUCUCCAACCAGCAGUUUCAGAUUGUCUCAAACAUUGGUGAGAAAAUUGGCACAAUAUGGAAGAGAUGGCCUGGCUUCAAUGAUGAAGGCAACAUGGACCAUGAAUAUUUUGGGUUGGAUGUGCCAAUGAGUUUGGAGUCGCACAUCAAACUGCUGCUGCUGGCGACCACCUUCCUGUUGAAUCACAUGUUCUUUGAGAUGAGCUGAUGGGUGAAUGGGGAACAAUCAUUAGAAAUGAAGACGCCGCAAGUGGACGUUUAACUAGAGGCUCAUCAGCAGUUUGAACACUUUAUGGCACAAGAGAGUGCAGCAUGAGA